AUUUUUGAUUGAAUUUUUGCACUUUUCACUUUUCUCUUGGAUCUCUUGACUGAUACCGACUGAUACUGUUUCUGUGUCUGACUCUGACUCCUGACUGUUUUUGAAUUCUGCGUGGUGAGGAUCUAUUCAUUCUCAAUUAUAACCAGUUAUCAAGAUGCCAAAAAAACCACCGAAGAAUUCAUACUAUUUUUUUAUGCAAGAUUACAAGAGGCAAGAAGAGGCAAAGGGCAGAAGGUUCUAUAAUGGAAUGGCGCAAGUUGCCGAAGAAGCUGGUCCAGCUUGGAAAGAGGUUUCGCCUGAAGAAAAAGCAAGAUAUGAAGCAAUAGCCAAGCAAUCAAAACUUCAAAGAAAAAUGGACCCAAAGCAGAAGUACACUUCCUACGGAGAAACUUUUUCUGAAGUCGAACAGAAGCAGCAAACAGAGGAAAGAAGAAACCAAGAAAAAAAACGCAAUGUGGAAAAAAUAGUACAAUAUUUGAAACCUGAGUCAACUCUCCGGACUAAAUUAUUCUUUGUAGCCCAUGUGAAUUAUUAUUUUGUCAACAACAAGGAUGGGUUCCAUGUACCUGCAGAAGUAGGACUUGUUAAAUUUAAUUUAGAACAAGGCUUACAAGGAGCUUUCCACUUCUUUAUUAAACCAUAUGAAGAUUACUUUCCUUUGGGCUAUGCAGGUGAAGCGAAAAUACAUAGAGAGAAAACUCACCGAAUCCCUUUAAAUGUUCCCGAUGCCCGACAAAAUAUGACGGUUGUGUAUAAGAAGAUCCGCCAAUUUCUCCUGGGAGACGAUGAACCCGGUGCUUCAGGUGGAGAGUUACCUCCAGUUUAUACGCUUAGUACAGACGACAGUCAAAAUACCAGUGAAGAAGCUGUUUGUGAUGCUUUUAAGUACAUCUAUGAUCUUAAUAACAGAGAAUAUGCUCGUAAUAAUCCUGAUGCAUGGAUGGAUGAAUUCAAAGUCUAUGAUCUAAGCAAGCUAUUUUUCGAGUUGAAGUGCAAAACUGGUGACUACGCAAGUUCAAUGGGGUUGAAUGCAGGAGGUCUCAAAGGAAAGUUCCCACAGCAGUCAUUAGCAGAAUCAGAACUGCGUAGAGAUGUUUUCAAUUAUACACCUAACAUUGCAUGUCAAUUUCACGAAGAUGAUGACAACAUGGCCAACUGCAGUCUAUCUUUUGCUCGACGGUGGGUAUACCUAAUCUGUGAUUACUGUUGUCAAGAUUUAAAUAUUCCACUUAUUCCAGAGAGUCAUGUCCCUCCAACUGCUGAUAUUGAUAGGACUUCACGAUUGACUUCACUAGCAUCAUCCAGAGUUACCAGCCGUGCUGAAAGUCGAGCCAGUUGUGCAACAAAUAGUCAUUAUUAUGAUGAUAAUGAAAGUGUAUCCGGUGCCGGUAGAGGUUCAUUGGAUUAUAGCGCCAUCAAAUCAUUAAAUGUUGGAGAAAAAAGAGGAGUAUUUAAACCACCUGCCGAGUCUCUACCAGCAAUGAGACUGCCAAAAAGUACUUCUGGACGAGGAUCUUCAGUUUGGGGGUCAACAGCCAGCUCCAUUGUGGAUGAAAGACCUGGACGCACUCGCACUAAUUCGGAGACAUCUAAUCGAUCAGUUACUGGGGACUCAAUCAAAUCCAGGCGUGUAGAUGAAAGGGAGGUCACCAAUGUUGGUAAAAGUCUACAAUCUCUUGGUAUAAAACCGGUAGACCCCUCAGUCUAUGGAAUCGAAAUUUUGCAAGGUGGAGAUGAAAUCAAAAGGGCAGAAGAGGCCAGGAAAGCAAUGUUAGAAGCUGAGAUUGUACCUCAGCCACUCUUUACGAAUGACAGUUUUCCAUCUUUAGCUGGCAUUGGACGUGGCAAACGACAGGUUUCAAGCCGAGGUAGAAAAUAAAUGGAAAACUUAACAGCAUCAGUCCUCUUCAUCGCUUCAAAAUCUUUUUAUAAGUACAGAUUAAAUAUAAUUUUUUCUCCUCGACAAGUAAGGAGUAAGUUCAGUUUGAGAUAUUAUUUUUAUACUUAUUAACUCUAUUUUUUUUUACUUUACUGAUUUCAAAGCUCUAUGUAAUGAAUUACAUGUUGAAUUGUUUCUUAAAUUUAGAAACCGUGAAAUAUCUGGAUCUGACAUUUUAAAGUGUCUAUGUGAUUUUGACUAGUGAUCAAUAAUACAUAUACAUAUGACAUAUUAAACACGUUAAGAUUUGAUCCAUGUAAGUUGGUUGCCGAGGCCACCAGGGGAGAAAUGCAGAAAGGGCUCUGUCACGGGUCAAUCGCAUCAACUACAACAUCUCAUAUGCUAAUCAGGUGCUCAAAAAAUUUGAUGAGGCCCAAAAUAUGCGAAUAGAAGGACAAAUGUUUAAGGCUCAAAAGUUACACACAUGUGUGUCUUAGUCUACCUAGAGAUUUUCAAUACUGGCGCAUUUUGGCAGACGAUCAGAGCACCCCAAAAUUUUGAAACAUUUCCUAUUAACACCUCAACACCACCACCACCACCACCAGAGCGAAAAAGCAAAAUUGUGAAAGGCCUUUGAAAUAAAUAUGAAAAACUGAAACUUGCUGCACUCCUGAAUGUAGGAUAUAUUAUUAUAGAAAUCAAUCCUCCAGUUAUGAAUAAAAGAUUAAGGCUGAUGAAAUGAA